UCAUGGCGUCUGAUCCCGCGCGCGAGUGGAGUGACGAGCAGUUGAAAAAUGACGAUUUACCCAAAAAAGAGCUCAUUAAAUUCAUACAGGACAAUGCAACACACUCGUUUCUAGCUGACCACAAACUUAUGGGAAACAUCAAGAAUGUGGCGAAGACGGCCAAAAAAGAGCAACUUAUUGAAGCCUAUAACCAGCUGUUUGAGAGCAAGAGGUUUAAAGGCACAGAAGUUGAUGUUGUGAUACAAGAUGUGAAAGCAAUGAAAAUCGACGAAAUUCCCAAAGAAAUCAAGACAGAGAUGGUGGAUGAGGGUCCGCCGAAGUACACAAAGUCGAUCCUGAAGAAAGGCGACAAGACGAACUUUCCCAAGAAAGGAGAAAUCGUGAGCUGCUGGUACACGGGGACACUCGAGGACGGCACCGUGUUUGACACCAACAUACCUGCAUCUGCUAAAAAGAAGAAACAGUCGAAGCCGCUGAGCUUCAAGGUCGGACUGGGCCGAGUGAUCAGAGGGUGGGACGAAGGUCUCAUGACGAUGAGUAAAGGUGAAACCGCCCGACUGGAGAUCGAGUCAGACUGGGCGUACGGCAAAAAAGGGCUUCCUGAUUCAAAAAUUCCUCCAAACGCAAAGCUCAUCUUUGAAGUUGAACUGGUGUCCGUUGAUUAAUUUCAGCGCAUCGCCGGUUGUGCUGAUCAAUUAUGCAAUAUCAAAAAUCACAUCCGUAUCACUGAACUGUUAAAUGACAAAUGUUGCAGUUUUUAAGUGUUAUAGUUAAUAUGGUUCAUGUGAAACUCUCUGUACUUCUCGAAGCGCUCUUUUUGCCUGAUUGUAAAGUUACAAUAAAAAAUAAACACUGAACGUCUCGUGUGCCAUUCCU